GGGAAAGAAGGAGAAAGGGGGUCGGGGAGCGAAGGAGCCGAUAAGGAGAUGGGAGGGCGAUGAGGACCAGGAAAGGACCAAUGACCAGAGAAAGAGGUCCGAGAGAUGGAGCUGUUGAGGGCGGGCCUGCGGACCCCGCCCCACUAGGAUCCCCGAGCAGGCUGCAGGCGGCGUUGAGACCCUGGUAUGAGGACCCACAAGUCCGCUAGAAAUGAGAGGGGCCAGGGGCUCGCUCCCACCCCUGCUGCCCUUAAGGCCCUCACCUCCCUGGGACUCUACAGCCUCCCCAGACCGGACCUGUGGCUCCCUCCAGCUUCGGAGACCGCGGUCUUUGCUGUGGCUCUAGCCUCCAGGAUCCCAGCACGCGCGCUGAAGGGUCCCCCUCCCGUGGCAUCUUAGGUGAAGGAAGUCAAGCGCGAAUGGAUGGAUGAACGGAUGGGUGCGCUCCUGCUCGCGCGCGCAGCAGACCUGUUCAGGGUCGGGAGGGAAACAAGCGCACCCGGGGCCACAGCUCUCGUGGUCAUCGCCCCCUCGGGUGCCCACAGCCCCCGCCAACGCGGGGGUCGCUCGGAGGCCCAGCUGGGCUUCCCCCUCCCUCCCACCCCGCUAGUCCCCGGCUGCAGGCCACGCCCCGCCAGCUGCUGGCGGACCCCGGCGGCAGGGCCGGACAAAGGGGCCUCUGCCAUUGGCCCGCACAAGCAAUUGGUGUAUUGAGAUGCAAAUAAGGCGCUAUAAAAGGAGUGGGGUCCGCGGCUGGCGCGAGGACGCAGCGGAAGACGCGAGUGGACGAGGGCGGCGGCUGUGGGCCUUGCGCGGCGAGGGGCGCGCUCGCUUCUAGCGCUCGCCGGGCUCCCGGCGGUGCGCGUCAUGGCCCCGCUCCUGGCGCCGGGCCGGGACCGCGCGGGCAGGGAAGAUGAGGACGGCUGCGAGGCGCGCGGGGACCGCAAGGCCCGGAAGCCCCUGGUGGAGAAGAAGCGGCGCGCACGGAUCAACGAGAGCCUGCAGGAGCUGCGGAUGCUGCUGGCGGGCGCCGAGGUGCAGGCCAAGCUGGAGAACGCCGAGGUGCUGGAGCUCACGGUGCGGCGCGUGCAAGGCGCGCUGCGGGGCCGGGAGCGCGAGCGCGAGCAGCUGCAAGCGGAAGCCAGCGAGCGCUUCGCCGCCGGCUACAUCCAGUGCAUGCACGAAGUGCACACGUUCGUGUCCACGUGCCAGGCCAUUGACGCUACCGUCGCCGCCGAGCUCCUGAACCACCUGCUCGAGUCCAUGCCGCUGCGCGAGGGCAGCAGCUUCCGCGAUCUGCUGGGGGACGCCCUGUCCGCGCCGCCCGCAGCCCCGGGGCGGAGCAACUGGCUCGUAGGAGGCGCCCUGGAGUCCCCGCUGCCCAGCCCUCGGGGCUCCGGGGACGACCAGUCCUCAGACCUGGAGGAGGUCCCCGAGGCUGAACUGAGCCGGGCCCCGCCUGCCGAGGGGACUGACUCGGUGCCCGCAGCCCUGGGCAGCCUGACCUCUGCCCGCUCGGCCCAGAGUGUCUGGAGGCCUUGGUGACCAACACCAACCUGGGGCCCGCGGGGUGGGCCCUGCCUUCCCAGGUUCCGUUCCCUCCUCCCUGAGGUCCAGACGUGGUGGGCAGGGUUCUGGAUAUUUCCCAGUCCUGCUGUUCAGUCCCGCAUAACCAGUCCAGCCAGGCCCCUUUUUACUUGCGGAAAGAAUGUUUAUGCAUUCCCCCGCCCCAGCCCUCUGGUGGGUGGAGGGAGGGAGCUACAGGCGGGAGGAGGAAUCUUGUAGGGCUCCCAGGAUUCUCUGGGAUUCGCCUGCCCUAUACUUCUCAGGCACCCUGUGGGUCUGGAGACAGAGGUGAUGGAAUGGAGCUGAGCCUCUCCUCGGUGCUGGGCACUAGUGUCCUGGCAGAAGGAGACUUCAGGCCCUGGCAGCCCUGGCCAUUCAGCCAGGACACGCGGGAGGCGUUCUGCAGGAUUGCCCAGAGCCGCCACAGAGAACAGGGUUCUCGGUAUGUCUUGCAUUUAGCACACUUGAGCUUGUGUAUUAGGUUGCCAUCGAUGGUUACAAUUGUGUUAAAUAAAGCAUUCUGGAGACUUA